ACCAAAUUUGACCUCCAUCUUUUCAACAUUUCACUUAAACCACACCCCUGUUCCUUUCCCGCCCACUUUCACUCUCUUCUCCCACACGCCACCACACACCGCCGCUAAUGGCGGAUUCCGGCACCACCACCGCCGUAACAGAAUCAUCACUCCUCUCAAAGCUCGAAUCCUCCACCGAUCUCACAAACAUCCACCACCUCUUCCUCUCACACCUCCACCCAUUCACCCCAGUCCUCAACAAAAAACCACCAAAAGCUGACGUCACCACUCUCCGAUCACUCGCAAAGCAGUUCUUAUCAUUCCUCAACAAAUCCUUAUCACUCAUCCCCAAACGCCUCAACGAAACCCCCAAAAUCGACUCUCGUUACGCUUCACAACUGUUCGAUACUUACAGGCUUUGUAUCGAUUGUUUGGAGGCUGUUUCAUCGCAGUUGUCGUGUAAACCAUGCACGAUUCAGGUUCAGCGGGCUCGGUUUAUGAAUUGUUGUGGAAAUUGGGGGAGAUAUGAUGAGGUGGAAGCGGUAGGGAUGGCUGUGCUAGGGUUUGUAGAGAGUUUGUGUGGUAAGAGAAGUGAAAAUGGAAGUGGAAGGAUUGUUCCGGAAGUGAGGAAAGAGAUUGAGGAUAGGGAGAUUGCGGUGUUGCUGCUCGAGGUGGUUGUCGCGCUUGUUAAGCGUGUUGCUAAUAUUCAGAGUAAAGAGGAGCGGGAGUAUCGUAGAGUGCUUUCGAUGGUUGACGAUAUCCAGCCUUGGUUGAGGGUUAUUGGUGUGGAUGGAUAUGAUAAGUUGCAUAGGACGCUUGUGUCGUAUAUGAGCAAAUGUGCUUAUUUUAUGGUUGGGGAGCUUGCAAGUUUUGAUGUGAACUUGAUUUGUAAAUUUUGUGUUGAAACAUUUUCGGAGUAUAAAAGACCGUCUCUGAGUGAUCAGAUAGAAAAGUUUGCUCACAAGAUAUGCAGUUUAGUAUUUUCACAGCUGGAUCAUGAAGUUUUGGGCAGUGAAAAAGUACUAGCUUGGGUGUUGGAUACAAUGGCUAAUGAAUGCGCGGUUGGCAAGGAAAAGGCUAACGCUGAUUUUUUGGAACUUGUUGUUUAUUUUGCCAUGAAAUGUCGCAAUGCGACUGCAUAUCCUCGUGAUGCAGUUGCAUCUCACUUUAAGAAACUGGCAAAUUACUUUUCAAAGGUCAAUUUAUCAAUGAUUGAUAUUAUCAUGAGGCUUUAUGCCAUCACAUUUUCUACUGGUGAUUUGAAUUACUAUUCCAGAGGUGGUAACUCCAAAGACAUUUCUGUCCCCAAACUUUUGCUUGAUGUCGAGAAUCAACUUCAAAGUUUAAGAAUCUCUAUCACCGCACAUACGGGGACUUUCAUGCGCUUUUAUUUUAACUCUUUAAAGUUUUUGUGUGAACCUCUUUCUGAGUUGAUACAGUCUGAGCGUAAAGGCAUACUUUGUGGAUUUGGUGACAUGUCAAAUCCUAUCAAGCUAUCUAACAUUGAAGAUGUUUUCCAACAGUUUAGACUUGUGUUUGAUGCUUAUUGUAAAUUUGAACACGAGAAACACGUUUAUGAGGACAAUAGCCGAGCUGUACUGGCUGUAGCUACUGCUUCUUUCACGCUCUCGUUUACUACAAAGCAAAGUUUUGAGGAAAGUACCGCUUAUCUCAAGGAGUUAAUUUCAGCCAAAUGGGUUCAACCUAACGGAUUGAAAUAUCUGUAUGCAUCUUUACACAAUGUCGGGAUAGUUUUGUACAAAGCUAAUAGAUUAAAAGAGGCAACAAAGUCAUUUGAUUUAUGCUGUCAAGCAGCAUGGAAGUGUGUAAUGAAUUAUUGUAAAUUGUUUGUUUCAAGUAAGGAUGAGUCUACAAGUGACCUCUCAGAGGAUGCCAUAGCUGUUUUUGUCACAGAAACUUGUGCAAAAAGUGCUUUUUUGUUGGAUAUACUUUACCAAUGUGGUACUAGUAGUGAGGAGAUAAGCAUGAUUUUAACUGAUUUUUUUGAAAGUUGGUCUGCUGCUCAAAACUGGUUUGACAAGAUUCCAAUUCCAGUAGCUCUUGUUAAACAAUGGGCGAAGAUAUUAUGUAAAGAAACUAAGGAUCCGGAAGAUGGGUGUAGGGUUCGAACCAUAUAUUCUAUGGUGUCAUCUUCUUUGAAAAUGUCAAAGGAAACUCUUGGUUUUCUAUUAGAGCAGGAGCUUGAAGCUUAUAAGGAAAUACAAUCUCUUAAUCCUGAAUUAUGUAAAAAAAUGCAAAAGAUCAUCUCUAACAUUCUUUUAGAAGAUAUCUACAGUACAAAAGACAAUUUGUUAAAUAAAUCUAGGAUUCUGAUUGCAAAAGCAAGGGAAUUAAGAGCAUGUGGAGUUGAAGGUCUAAAUGAGUGCAUUGACAUUUUGUCUGAAACAAUAUCUACUAUGAGUGAUAUGUACAACAAGAACAAGGAAGCCUGUGGUCCGGUUUGUAAUUUGUUAGCUGAGGCGUAUUGCUUGCGUGCAUUGUGUACCCAAGAGGCAGAACCAAACUCUAAGGUUUUUGUUCAAGAUAUUGGCUACGCUUUAAAGCUAUGGUUGGGCCAAGAGCAUUCCCAGUCUGUUAAACAAACUGAUAAGGUGUAUCAUAAUACCCUUAUCUUGCUGUACCAUGUUGGUGAUUUGUUAUCUCUCAAGGGCUAUAUGGACAUUCAUUCCGACAUAUAUGAGCUGAUGAUCAGAUAUUGCACCUGCAAGAAUGUUUCUUUAAAGGAGUGUUUGGCCAUGCUCUGGCAAAGUAAAAGCCUUAGUCACGCCCUUUGCACUUCACAUGUAAACGAUGCGUUUAUUUCGACAUUUUCAAGGCACUGCAAAUCGUCAAAGUCUAUGCAGUUCUGGAAAAGUUGUAUGGAGAAAUCAAAAUCUCUAGAAGUUGGUUUUCAACAGUGCUUUUCGGUUAUCUCUACUCUUUCUUCUCCAAGCUCUUGUAAACAUGAUCUUGCAACCGGAUAUGCACAUUUAACAACUGAUGUUAUCAAGAAGACUGCUUUUGAUCUCGGUAACAGUGUUCCUGUGACAAGCAAGUCAUUGUUUCUUUCUUCAAACUUGUAUUAUGAUUUGAGUGAAAAAAUGAUAUCAAAGGGAACCAUGAUCGAGGCUCUUUUAUAUGCCAAAGAAGCCCAUCGAUUGCGCACGAAACUUUUUCAAAAGAAUUUCAUAUACACAAUUGAGCAACAUAACGAUAUCAUUGGUGAUAAUGGGGAAAUAGUUCAGAAACGUGGAUAUGGACUCAAGACUUUUCACAUGCAAACUUCAGUAGCUACCGGAGCUUGGUCAAACAAUAAGGGUUCAAGUGACUUUGACUUUAUUCUGACCCCAUGGAACGUACUUCGUUGUUACCUUGAAAGCAUCCGUCAGGUAGGAACUAUUCAAGAGAUUGUCGGUAAUGGAUCUGAGGCUGAAUCUCUUUUUCUUUGGGGAAAGAACAUUUCUUCUUUCCAAAGCUUGCCGAUCUUUUUAGUUAGUUUUUCUACUGCUUUAGGCAAACUAUACUGUAAACAACAGUGUUGGCAUUUAGCUGAAAAAGAAUUGGAAAGUGCGAAUCGUAUGCUGGUUGAUAGCUUCAGUCUCAUUUCUUGCUUGAAGUGCAAGUUAAUCAUGGAAGCUACAGUUGGCAAACAAUUUGGCGAUCUAUGCAGAAGGCGUUUUAAUAGCACAGAUGUUAAUAAACUUGAUGGAUUAUCAAAAGCCGAAAAUUUCUAUAGAUCUGCUUUAGAAAAACUGAAGCUUUCUGAAUGGAAAAACUGUAUUAGUUACCCUAAGGAAACAGUUUCAACAAACACAAUGUUUUGUGAUAGAGUUUUAGUUGGCGGGAACGAUAGCAUUUCAUCUGAUUGUCAAAAUCACGAAGAACAAGAAGCAAUCCAACCGAAAGUAACUAGAAGGGGUAGGAAAACCGCUAUAAGUUUACCACAAGAGCAAAGGUUGACUUCUAGAGUCACUAGAUCCUCUAAGCAAAAGAAUGAAAAUGCUCAAAGUGAGUUUAAGGGGGUACAAAAGUCAAAGGGUGACCACAUUAUUUCUUGUGGAUGUGAGGUUACAUGUGUUUCCGAUGAAAUAAAUUGUUGGCAUUGUGUUCCUUUUGGAGUUAUGAAAUCAGCAUCGGUUACAAGUGUUAUACAGAUGAAAUGGGAGUGCACGCGCAGACGGCUUUUGGUUAAACUUCUCAUCGGGAUAGGAAAAUGUUUGUGGGCACAUGGCGAAACUCAAAGAGCACAUGAUAUAUUCUUGGAAAGCAUAUCUGUGCUGGUCAACAGAAGCACGUUUCACACGUCAAAUUUUAAGAUUUCAUUCACUUUUCUGGGAGAGUUAAUAAAACAGAAUGUGAUUGGUGACAUGCUUGCAAUUGAGCAUGCAUCGUUACUCUACAACAUAUGUUGGUUUUCUUUAAGAAGCUCUUGUGACAAUGGUACAAGGAACCGCUCUUGUGACAUGUCUUUCAUUCCCAUACCCAUAGUAGUUUCCGGUUUAAAGCUGUCUUUCACAGUUUGCCGUGAGGUUCCUGAACUUUUUCAAAAGGUUUCACGAUUGUUAGCAGUUCUGUAUACACUUGCUCCUUCAAUCGAAACUUUUUCUAUGUUGACUUCUUCUAGCAGUUCGUUAUUAGAGAGUCAAUGGGCGGCAUAUUUCCAUCAAGCGUCACUAGGAACACAUGUUAAUUAUCAGUUAUUUUCUCGUCUCGGGACGCAAAAAGAUCAGAAUACUAUGGAUGGCGAUGGUUCUUUCCCAUCCAGCUCAACUCUUCUCAGCUUGCACAGGCUGGCACCUGAAUCUCUUCUGGAUCUUGAAGAAUUCGUAUUGAAUUUUUUUCAAGGUCUUCAUCGCGCAACCAUUAUCUGCAUUAGUGUACUUGGAGAUGAUUACGCCAGCUGGCUGAGAAAUUUAUUACUCUAUGAACCUACUCAUUCAUGGAUAAUGUUAUCACGUCUGAAUCUAGACUGUGCACCUAUAGUCGUUAUUUUGCCCAUUGUUUCAAUUUCAAAAGGAAGUGAAGAUGAUGAUCAUUCAAGUUCCGGUAACUUAUUUGAAAAAAAGAGUUCGGAUAAACCAUGGCAUUGUCCAUGGGGCCGUACUGUUGUUGAUGAUAUCGCACCAUUGUUUAGAACAAUUUUGGAGGAAAGUUAUUUAUCGGCAUCUGGAUUCCCCACUUUGGAGAAUACCAAUCAAAACAGGUUAAGAUGGUGGGAUCAAAGACGAAAGCUUGAUCAAUGGCUCAGUGAUCUUUUAAGAGACAUGGAAGAUUUAUGGUUUGGCCCGUGGAAGCACCUGCUGUUGGGAGGACCGUCAGAUCACAAGCACUUUGAUUUGUUACACAAGAAACUCAGAAAAGAUCUUAAAUCCAAGUGUAAAAUUGAUGUUCAUGAAAACAUCAUAAAAGCUGUACUUAGAGGUGGUAGACGACAAGAAGACUGUUUAUCAGAGUUGAUAAUGAAAAAAGGAUGCUACGUUGGUGGAAGAGAACUCAUUAAUGAUGGGAGCUUGUCCUCUUUAGUUUCUGAUUUGUUGUUAAGCACAAUGCACGAAAUUGGAAUAGAAGAGUAUGUAGAUAGAGAACCCGUCAUUUUGGUGCCAGACUUUGACAUUCAGAUGCUGCCAUGGGAAAGCCUACCGAUAUUAAGAAACCAAGAAGUGUACCGGAUGCCUUCAGUUGCCAGCAUUUCGUGCACUUAUGGUAGAUGCUGUCAUUCUCAGGAAAAAGACGGGAAAGAUUCUUCACUCUUUCCUAUGAUUGAUCCAUUGGACGCCUACUAUUUGCUGAAUCCAGGUGGCGAUCUUAGCAGCACGGAAGCUGAAUUUGGUAAUUGGUUUAAAGAUCAAAAUUUAGAGGGGACAGCUGGCACCUCACCCAGUGUGGAUGAAUUGAGUACCGCGUUAAAAAACCACGAUCUUUUCAUUUACCUUGGACACGGAAGCGGGGUACAAUACAUUCCUGGUGGUGAGAUUCAAAAACUCGAGCGGUGUGCAGCUACGCUUCUUAUGGGCUGCAGUAGUGGUUCUCUAUCUUUAAACGGCUCAUACACUCCAAAAGGGGCUCCAUUGCAUUAUAUGUUUGCGGGCUCACCUGUAAUCAUCGCCAACUUGUGGGAUGUGACGGACAAGGAUAUUGAUCGGUUUUGUAAAACAGUGUUGGAUGGAUGGAUAAAAGCAAGAUCAAAUAUCUCAGUAGAUUGUGCACAGUGUACUCAACUUUCGGAUAAAUUCAAAGACAUGAGUGUCACUGAUGGGGGACCUAGAAAGGGAAAAAAGAAACUAGCAAGAAGUAAAUCUGUUGAAGAUUGUGAGGUAACACUUGGUUGUAAGCAUAGACCGAAGAUCGGGUCUUUUAUGGGUCAAGCCCGUCAAGCGUGUACACUACCGUUUCUAAUUGGAGCUGCACCCGUAUGUUAUGGUGUGCCAACAGGCAUUCGAAGGAAAGAUUUGUAAGUAUGUUAGAUUUUGUUUGUUUUUUUUUAUAGAUGUUAGGAUUCAUAUAAAAUGAUUUUAAAUGGUUUGUUUAUUUUUAUGAGUCUGCAUGAGUAACCGAAUGUAGACUGAAAUAUGUAUGUAUACAUGAAUAUAAAGUAAUCAAAUUGUAUUAAUGGAUAACAUUACACUUUAUAUGCC